CUCUGGUCAAGAGACAUAGUCCUCCAUUGGGAUCUAUCACCUUCAGAACAGCUUUAGAAAAGUGGUCCGUUGAGCUGGUCACCUUUCGACCGGUGUGCAUCGACUGUCCUUUGACGACGUUCGCAGUUCUAUCUUUGUAGGAUUUGAAGGACUGGAUCGACCCAUUCCGUGGUAAGAUGUGCAAUGCCACACUGGACAUCGACGGGUUGUUAUGGAAUAUGGGCAGCCUCACGAGUAUAUGAGAGAAGCGACGAUGAGUGCAAUGGUAGACAGGACGUGAGAACGAGGGGAAGCGAUGGAGUCAAGAGAGGGAGAGUGUUGGAUAUCGCAUCCAUGGUUCAGCCGCCUUUUAAGGGAUAAUUGUGGCUGCCAUUGUGCCCUGUGGUAGCGUGGACGGUGGCUACCAGUGUGGACCCUGUGGCAGUAGGGAGCUUUGGCUAUGGUCAAUGAUGGCUGUACCUUGGGUUAGAAGCCAAAAGCCAGUCUGUGGUCGGCCGGACGCUAUGUAUCCAUUAAACCCCUUCCACGAAGAUCGGUGUAUGCCAACAGUGGAAUGAGGACCGCAAUAACACAAAUAUCGUCGAAAACAUAAGUGUGAUGGCUUUAAAAUUGAUGCCACUCAUACAAUUCUCGAAAGUGUCCGUCGUGCUUUUUUAUUAGAAUAUCCCCCUAACUGCUUAUCGUUGACUACGCGAGAUGUCC